CUCCUAUCUUCAAAGGGAGUUCUGUGUGGAGUGGAGACUGGUGCAAGCGUUCUCGUCCCCGGAUUGAAGACUCAUUUUUGUAUAAAAAAUCCAUUCAUGUGCCCCAAGAAGAAUAAUUGCCGGAGCUCCGGCUCCGAUGCCUCUCCCGCCAGGUCCGACGAUUCCGCAUCCGCGGUUGACUGGAUUUCCGAGGCAAUCGCUGGCGGAUCUCUACGCCGCGUCGACAUGCACCAUGGAACUAACGGCUGGGCGUCACCGCCCGGCGACCUUUUCUUUCUCCGUUCCAAAAACUACCUAACAAAAAGACAGAAGGCUCCUGCCGGAGACUAUCUGCUUUCUCCUGCAGGUAUGGAUUGGCUCAAAUCUAAUACUAAGCUCGAUAAUGUGCUCGGCCGUCCCGAUAACCGUGUGUCGCAUGCACUCCGGAUAGCCCAAGAUCAAGGAAGAUCGUUGAAGAGCUUUAUCUUUGCCGUGAAUCUUCAAGUGCCUGGUAAGGAUUAUCACAGCGCAGUGUUCUAUUUCGCUACGGAAGAUCCAGUUCCUUCCGGCUCACUUCUUUAUCGAUUCAUCAAUGGCGAUGACGCCUUCAGAAAUCAGCGGUUUAAAUUGGUGAACCGGAUCGUGAAGGGACCGUGGAUUGUGAAGAAGGCGGUUGGAAAUUAUAGUGCCUGUUUGUUAGGUAAGGCUUUAACAUGCAAUUAUCACAGAGGGCCAAAUUAUUUAGAAAUCGACAUCGAUAUUGGAAGCUCGGCAAUCGCGAACGCUAUUUUGCAUCUCGCAUUGGGAUAUGUAACGAGCGUCACUAUCGACAUGGGCUUUCUAGUGGAAUCGCAAACGGAGGAUGAAUUGCCGGAGAGAUUAAUAGGUGCCGUCAGAGUUUGUCAGAUGGAGAUGUCAUCGGCCAGGGUCGUUACAGAUAAUACUCCGCCGUUAGCGCGUGCGAUCGGGCUGUCGAAGGUGAAUCACGAUAAAUCAGCUGACGAUGGAGAAGGGGUAAAUGCCUAGUUAGGGCUAAAAUAAUUUAUUUAACUCGGAAGGUUUUUUUUUUUUAAAUUAUUUUUCUUGUUUCUGUAAUGUAUUUUUUUUUGUCUCUCUUUCCGGGACUGGUCACUUGGGAAUAUCAGAUAAUAACCGAAUAUAAUUUCGGUGUUCAUAAAAUUCCAUUUUACGCGUUGGCA